AGGCGGGCGGGGACAGACUGGGGCAGCAGCCGGGGGCAACGUGGUGGAAGAUAGGCGCGGGGUGGACCUGCUUCUAAAAGCGAGGCAACAGCUGCCUUUAUCUAUACGUGUAUGCCUUUAGCGUGGCUGAUAGUGCGGUAGUUAGGCGGGGCGGCGCGGGCAGAAGUCUGAGGAGUGCGUGGAGUUUAUUGAGCAAACGUCAGAGCCGCGCUCUGUAGAGCGCUGAGGGAAAAUAAAACCAAAGAAACAAAAGGGAAACCCGAGCUUUCACCGAGUUUUCUUUUUUUUUUUGCUCCCGCUCUUUAAAAAAAAAAAAAAAACGACACAAAAUGUCUGAAGUUAAGGAGAGGAAAAAAGGUCUUCCUUCAUCCAAGAGCGACGAAGUUUCCCAGAAGCUCAAAAAGCACAGCAGCCGUGGGAAGGUGGUGAGCCACAGCCAGAACUCUGCUGGGAUGGACUCACGGAUGGCCUUGGGUGUGAUUUCUGUCUCUGCCUGCUUGGUGCUGGCCUGGUUACUGUUUCAGCAGUCGAGUCGAUUUGCUGAUAUGGAAAAAAGGUACAAUUUCUUGCAGCAAGAAGCUGAAAGAUUCCUGGACAUGGAAAAUAAAGUUAGCUUAAUUUCUGAAAAGCUUGAGUCUUCUGACAGUAUCCUACAAGAAUCUGCCUCAUCCAUCUCUGUGAUGACUGAGUUUGAGCAGCAAGUGUCUUCUCUUCAUAACACCAUAAGAGAGAUUGAGACCAAUGAAGAGACUCUAUUUAUAAAGAUGCAAGGCAUUAAUGAGAAGUUCCAAAAUAUUACGAAUUCCUGGAGAAGAAGCAUGGAUGAAAUGAACACGAACACUAGUGGCAUAAAAUCUGAAGCAAAGUUCAUACAUACAGAAGUUACUUCCCAGAUAAAUAAAGUUGACCAAAGAAUUAAAUCCCUUUCAGAAAGAUUAAAAGACUUGGAAGACAGUACAGCCAGAAAUAUUAAAACAGUAAAAAGGCAAGAAGAUGAUGAAUUUGCUAGAGUUGAACAAAAGUUGGACUCGCAUGCAACGGCAAUUGAAAAACUAGAAGAAGAGCUGAACAGUCUGUUCGCCAAGAACACAGACCUGAAUCAGAAACUUGCAGCCUAUGAACCUAAAAUUGAGGAGUGCAAGACCCAUUUGCCAAAAAUCGAAAAUGCUAUUCAUUCUAUCCUUAGAUUAUCAAGUGAAUUGCUAAGUAUGGAGAAGAAGAUAGAGAACUUGGCAACACAGCUAUCUACUGUGGAAAGUAAUAUGUUGAAAACUGUCUCUGAUACAGCGGCGAUGCAGAACGUUCUUGACGGUGCACAGUACAAUGACAGCAUAUCAAAACUGCAAAAUAAAACAGCAGUUAUAGAAGAAGUAGUACGUGACAUGGAAGUAUCUUCAGGUGCUGAAGGAAUAACUUUAGAAGGCUAUAAGUUAGAAAGUGACCAAGAUGGGGAUAAGUGAAUUUGGACUUAAGG